UCUUCCUUUCUUUAUCUGUACUCCCGUCAUCGCGUAUUCCUUCACAUCCGGCACUCUCCUUGAGUAAUUUCGCUCUUUAACUGUCAUUCCCUCUCUACACGCGCAUCUUCACCGCCCCUUCCAUCUUUUUACGUCCCCUCCCUCCGUGCGCGCUCGCUCGCUUGCGCGUUCUCUCUACAUCUUCUGCUGCUUCAGUCCCUGCCUUCCCUCUUUCUUUUCUCCCCCUCUUCGUCUCUGCACUCAUUCUCCCCUGCCCAUCUCCUUUCAUUAGCUCGUAUCCUCUCCUCCAUCUCUCCGUUUCGUCUUUUUUUUUUGUAUCUCCCCUCAUCGAUACGAACGCGAUCCCUCUCCUCGUCCUUUCCUCGUUUGCUAAAUCCUGAAGGCAGACCUCUCUUAUUCUCUCUCUCUCUCUCUCUUUCCGUCCCUCCCCCUUCCUCUUUUACGUUUUCCCCUCCCUCCAUACUCUUUUUUCCUCAAUGCUUAAGUCAGUUAAAAGAGAUACACUGAAGAAAAGAGGGGCGAACGUCGGGCGCUGAGAGAGAGACAGAGAGAAGGAGAGAAGCUGGAGGGAGAGAGGGGAGAGGGGGGAACGGGGGUUUGGAUACAUCUCCACCUGUCUUCUCUCUGCCAUGGACUGCCUCUGCAUAGUGACCACAAAGAAAUAUCGGUAUCAGGAUGAAGAGACUCCGCCCUUGGAGCACAGCCCCGCCCACCUGGCUCACAGCAAGAGUGCUGAGAUGCUUCACAUGAGCGAUAAGAACCUGGCUGCCAUGGACUCCAUGCACAGUUAUGCCCCACACACACACAUCUCACCAAUUAAGCCAGUGUUGCUGUCCUCUGGUCAAACCCCUCUGUACACCUCUGCGGUCUCCACACUGGCGAACUCUCCACCAGUAGUGGUAAAUACAGACACACUGGAUGGCUCACCUUAUGUCAAUGGAGCGGAAGGAGAGAUUGAAUAUGAAGAGAUUACGUUGGAAAGGGGGAACUCUGGGCUAGGUUUCAGUAUCGCCGGAGGGACUGAUAACCCUCAUGUUGGAGACGACCCCAGCAUCUUCAUCACCAAGAUCAUUCCAGGAGGAGCCGCUGCACAGGAUGGGAGGCUCAGAGUAAAUGACAGUAUUCUCUUUGUGAAUGACGUCGAUGUUCGGGAGGUGACCCACAGUCAGGCGGUGGAGGCCCUCAAGGAGGCAGGCGCUAUCGUCAGACUCUAUGUAUUACGCAGGAAACCCCUCGCUGAGAAAGUCACCGAAAUCAAGCUCAUCAAAGGGCCAAAAGGGCUAGGCUUUAGUAUAGCGGGUGGUGUGGGGAACCAGCACAUCCCUGGAGACAACAGCAUUUAUGUCACAAAGAUCAUCGAGGGAGGAGCGGCUCAUAAGGACGGGCGACUACAGAUCGGUGAUAAGAUACUGAUGGUGAAUAACGUGUGUUUGGAGGAUGUGAUGCACGAGGAUGCGGUGGGCACACUGAAGAACACAGCAGAGGUGGUCUACCUCAGAGUGGCUAAGCCAAACAACCUGUUCCUUACCAGCUACAACCCACCAGACCUCACAAGCACGUACUCUCCGCAUCUGGACACAGACCUUGGACAUCAAAACUUCCUGGCUUCAGAUUACCCACAAGCCCUCACUCCCACCUCACCAAGCCGCUUUUCUCCUGUGCUGCACGGCUUGAUGGGAGAUGACGACUUACCCAGGGACCCGAGGCGUGUUGUGAUCCACAGAGGAUCGACAGGUUUGGGGUUUAAUAUAGUUGGAGGGGAGGAUGGUGAGGGAAUAUUCAUCUCUUUCAUCCUGGCAGGAGGCCCUGCGGACCUGAGCGGUGAACUGCGCAAAGGAGAUCAGAUCUUAAGUGUGAAUGGCGUGGAUCUGCGGGCAGCUACACAUGAACAAGCAGCAGCUGCCUUGAAGAAUGCAGGACAGACUGUAACCAUCAUCGCUCAGUACAGACCAGAAGAGUACAGUCGGUUUGAAGCUAAAAUUCACGACCUCAGAGAGCAGCUGAUGAACAGCAGUAUGGGCUCUGGAACAACUACAUUACGAAGUAACCCUAAACGAGGAUUUUAUAUCAGGGCUCUGUUUGACUAUGAUAAGACAGCAGACUGUGGUUUCCUGAGUCAGGCCGUGGGCUUUAAGUUUGGAGAUGUGCUGCGUGUUUUGGACUGUGGAGAUGAGGAGUGGUGGCAGGCCUGCAGAGUCAGCCCACAGGGGGAUGAGGAGGAGGUCGGCUUCAUCCCCAGCAAGAGGAGGGUUGAGAGAAAGGACUGGUCGCGGUUGAAGUCAAAUGAAAGGGACCGAAGCCGUGACAGUACAGGUUCACAGGGAAGGGAAGAGUCAGUACGGAGUUAUGAGACAGUUGCACAAGUGGAAGUGCACUACGCGAGGCCGAUCAUUAUUCUGGGCCCGGUGAAGGACAGAGUGAAUGAUGACCUGCUGUCUGAGUUCCCAGACAAGUUUGGAUCUUGUGUCCCUCAUACAACACGUCCCAAGCGGGAAUAUGAGGCAGAUGGGCGGGACUACCAUUUUGUGUCAUCGCGGGAACAGAUGGAGAAAGACAUUCAGAACCAUCGUUUUAUUGAGGCGGGCCAGUACAACAGUCACCUGUAUGGAACCAGUGUUCAGAGCGUCCGAGAAGUGGCAGAACAGCAGGGAAAGCACUGUAUUCUGGAUGUGUCCGCAAAUGCAGUUCGUAGGCUACAGGCUGCACAGCUUCACCCAAUCGCCAUUUUCGUACGGCCCAAAUCACUGGAGAACGUCCUAGAGAUCAACACACGUCUAACUGAGGAACAAGCCAGGAAAGGUAUGGACCGUGCUAUUAAACUGGAGCAAGAUUUCCUGGAAUGCUUCUCUGCGAUCGUAGAGGGCGACAGCUUCGAGGAGGUUUAUCAUAAGGUGAAAACUGUGAUUGAGGAGCAAUCAGGGCCUUAUAUCUGGAUUCCCACCAGGGAGCGCCUGUGAGAGUCAACCCAGAGCCAAACCACCUCGCCCAGUCACCAUUUGGCCUGCCUGCCCUGAACUGUGGAGCUCCGACUCAUAGAAACAGAAAGAGAGAGAGGGGGAGAGAUGAAGAGAGUGAAAGCGAGGGAGAGAAGUCACAGAGACACCAGGAAAUGAUGGAGUGGAACAGCACAGGAGCUGGCCACACCGCAUCUGCCUCUCUUUUCCUCCCUUUCCUAGCUUUGUAACUUCUUUUUCUGCUUUUAACUUCCUUUCUCUGCCUUUCUCUCAGUACUUCUCUGUUUCUUUCUGGCUUUCUCUCUGAAUAACGUCCUUUCACACAGGACUGGUGAGCUAUUUUUACUCCGUCACGAACUGGGAUGCUACAAAGAAGUUUUGUAUAUUGUCAGAUUCCCUCUGGCACUCUCCGAACAAGACAGGAAGUGGAGAGAGAUGAGCGACCGCCUUGGCUUUUACUGCAAUGAGACGUUCAAGAGCUAUUCCUGAUUAAAGGAGCUCGUUUUACAGUACUAAAGGAGAAUUGAACUGAAAUAUGAAAGUAUAUUUAUCAGUAUCAAUAAUGCGCUGAAAUCUUCAAUAUCAAAGAUAUUACGACUACUCAGAGACUGACGUUCACCCACAGUUAUCAGCAUCAAGGGCGUUUAAUUCCUUUUAGAAAUUUGAAGUGCUUGACGAGUGCUUCCUGAAAUGCAGGAAGUAUCGAGCUGGCGAAGCUAAAACGUUUGCCUCAGUCCUUCGAAUGUUCCCCUUAUUUCGUUUACAGCUAGUUCAUCACAUUGAAUGGAUAAAAAGGAAGGAAAACGGCAAGACGCAGACUGUGACUUUCAUGCUGCACAUCAUAGAAAGCCACACGCUUGAUAUUCCGGGGUCUGUUUUCUUUGGUUUUCUUGCGCUUACAUGUAAACAUGCACAUUUAGACACACGCCAACAUAGAUUUUGUAAUGUUUGCCUUCUUCUAUUUGGAUCGUCUUGCAACAGCCAGAUUGAUGUUUUCCUUUGAGCUAGAAUUUAUUUGCUCGGUUGGAUUAUUUCCACAGCUCUCAAACACAAUGACUCCAGGCUGCUCUUUAAUGUGCAAUAUCGGGCUCUUCCAUAAUCUUCUCAUAAUGUAACAAAUUUCAGCCAUGCUUAGAUCUUGAAGUCAUCGGUAAAUUCUCAAACCGCUUCAAAAGUAAUACUUUCGCCGUUUUUUUUAAACAGGAUUUCAGUUAAGAUCACAUUCAUGUGCUGAGUGGCUACGUUCACACCAUAAUCCAAUUCGUUAUAUAUCAAUUAUUGGUUUAAAUGAAUUUGUAAAAAAUAUUAUAAAUGAUAUAUUCAGUAAUUAUAUUGGGAUAUUUAAU